AUGGAUUCAAUCAAACCCUCUUCAACCCCAACCAAAAGCAGACUAGCAAAAACAUUCCAGAAAGUCAUCAGCCUCAAAACAUCCACAAAGUCUCUAUCCAACAAUGGGUUUUGCUUGAUUAUACCUCAAGAAAAACUCAAAUGCUGUGACCCAAGUCAACAAUUUGAAAAAGAAGACACUGAUGAGGCCAGUUUCAAGAACAGAGCCGCCAUUGAAGCCUUCAUUGCCAAGCUCUUUGCCACCAUUUCUGCAGUUGAAGCUUCUUAUGCUGAGCUCCAAAUAGCUCAGUUUCCAUACAAUGUAGAUCAUGUUCAGUCUGCAGAUCAAGCAGUAGUGAAUGAACUCAAAGCACUUUCAGAGCUAAAAUAUAGUUUCUUGAAGAAAAAAAUCGAUUCUUCACCACCCCAUGUGACUCUGUUACUAGCAGAAAUUCAAGAACAACAGUCUCUCAUGAAGACUUACGAGAUCACAAUGAAGAAAAUGGAGUCUGAAAUUGAAGUCAAAGAUUCUGAAAUUUCUUCACUGAAAGAAGAAUUGAAUGACACCACUCUGAACAACAAGUCACUCGAGAAGAAACUCAAUGAAAGUGGGUGUUUCUCUGUUCUUGACAAUGUGAAUCCAUCAAAUUCAGACCCAAAAGACUUUAACAUGGUUUUAAACUACGUAUUGAGAUCUGUAAGAAACUUUGUGAAGCUUUUGAUCAGAGAAAUGGAGUCUGCAAAUUGGGAUAUUGAAGCUGCUUCAAAAGCCAUAGAGCCUGAAGUCACAUUCAAGAACACAGACCACAAGUGUUUUGCUUUUGAGUCAUUUGUUUGCAGAGAAAUGUUUGAUGGGUUCAACAUUCCAACUUUCUCUCUCCUAAUCGAGUCUUUACAAGAUGAUAAUCAGGGUCGAUUUUUCUUCUUUGAUCAGUUCAAGAAGCUAAAAUCAGUGGGUUCGAUUCAAUUUCUGAAAGAGAAUGAGGAUUCUCUGUUUGGGAAGUUCUUGAAGACGAAGUAUCUCCGUUUGACUCACCCGAAAAUGGAGACUUCAUUUUCCGGGAAUUUGAAUCAGAGAAAGAUGAUCAACUCCAGCGAGUACCCAGAAACGGAAUUUUUCAAGGUUUUUGCGGAAAUGGCGAGAAGGGUUUGGAUUUUGCACUGUUUGGCAUUUUCUUUUGAUCAACAACUGGGUAUUUUUCAAGUGAGAAAGGGUUCAAGAUUUUCCGAAGUGUUCAUGGAGAGCGUUGAUAAUGAUGUGUUUGCGGCGGCUGACGGCGGUUUUGUGGUGGCGUUUACGGUGGUUCCGGGCUUCAGGGUCGGCAACAUGGUGAUACAAAGUCGGGUAUAUCUGUCUCCGGCGGUAAAUCCGGUGAAUGAUUUGUGUUUUUAA